GCUAACAGGAAAGAGGGGAAAUUACUUCCGGGUAACGAGAGUAAACGGGUAUCCACGUGAAUUAUCAAAGCCUACAAAACGGACUCCGAUGAGGACGUGAUCUUUGUCUUUGAAAAGUGUGUACGUAAACCCAGUGAGAUUACCAUUGACCAGGCGAAGCGACUGGCCCUGCAAAGAGACAUUGAUCAGCAAUCCCAGCCCAGGCAGCUAGCCACACCUUUGACAAGCCGGAGGUCUGUUGCUGUGGAGAGGCCAGUGGAAAGGAUGAAAAUGAAGAUGGUAGAAGAGAAGAGUGAGGAGAAUUGUGUAAAGAAGGAGAAGAAAAAUACAAAAGGACAAGCCUCGCUGCCUGACAGGAAAAACGUACCUGUUGAUGGCGGGAGCCGUGCAGAGGUGAAAAAAGUAAAGAGAAAGGGUAAAACGGGUGAUGUUAUUGUUAUAGAUACAGAUACAGAGGAGGAGUCUUUGGAUGGAGGAGGGGAAAAGGAAGAGAAGAAGAAAAAGAAGAAGAGGAAAAUUGUCCCUGAAUCUCUGAAUGAUGUUGACGGUUCUGAUGUGAAGAAUGAAAAUGAUAAAGAUGUCAGCAAAAAGAAGAAGAAAAAGAAAAAGCAGCUGGCCAAUGGUGAGAAUUCAGUUAAAGAAGAAGAAGAAGAGGAGAAGAAACAUAAGGAGACAAAUGUAAAAAAUAAAUCUGUACAAAUUAAACCAGCAAAGAUAAAGAUGAAGAAACAGGAGGAGGAGGAGGAACAGCAAGAUGGAAAGGAUAAAUUGCCAAAGAAAGCCAAGAAGGGAAAAGACGUUUCAAAUGUCAGCACUAAACUAAAGGAACAAGUUAAAGAAAAGAAGACAAAGAAAACAAUAGAUGGGGAAACCCCGGAUGCUAAGGUGGGAAUAAAUGUAACAAAAAAGAAAAAUAAAUCUAAAAUGAAAGUGUCUGAGAAUGGAGUGAAGUUAGAAACACCUCACCAGGGUGAGGCUGAAAAAGUAAAAGUGAAAAAGAAGAAGAAAAAGGAAGCCAAUACGAAAGAAGAUGGAAAUGAAUUAGGAACGCCUCAGAUCAAAGGUAACGACAAACAGAGCAAAGAAGUGAAGAAAAAUGACAAGAAGAAACAGAAAUCCACAAAGAGUGAGAUAAUUAUCAUUGAUGAAGAAGAGAAGGCGGAGCAAAAGAAAAAAGGAAAAAAGGAAAAGGUUAGAAAAGCCUCUGUGGAGGUCAGCGAGGUAGAAGAGACGGAGCCAAAGAAGAAGAAAAGGAAAAAGGAAAUCUCAAAGGGAGAGAAGGAAGAACCAGUAGUGCUCAAAUAUGAAGAAAUUAGUAGAGUAGACAAGACAGAGCCAGAGAAGAAGAAAAGGAAAAAGGAAAUCUCAAAGGGAGAGAAGGAAGAACCAGUAGUGCUCAAAUAUGAAGAAAUUAGUAGAGUAGACAAGACAGAGCCAGAGAAGAAGAAAAGGAAAAAGGAAAUCUCAAAGGUAGCGGAGGAAGAACCAGUAGCACUGGUUAGCAAGGUAGAAGAGACAGAGCCAGAGAAGAAGAAAAGAAAAAAGGGGAACUCAAAGGGAGAGGAGGAAGAACCAUUACAACUCAAAUGUGAAGAGGUCGAGAAGCAGAGCAGUGAAACCUUUGUCACGGCAGCUGGAGACACGACAGGCAAGAAAAGCAAAAAGAAGAAAAGCUCCAUUAAGGUGGAGACACAGGUGGAGAGUUCUGAAACUGGUGCAAAGAAGAAGAAGAAGAUCAAAGAAGAGGUGGAAGACCAUGAAGAGCAUGAGUUCACCAACGUGGAUGUGGUUUUCCUGUCGGAGAAAACUGGAAAUGCUGAUGAGGUCACCAUCAAUCAGGAAAGAAGACAGGCUUUACAAAUGGAGAUUGACAAGGCCUCUCAACCUCAAAAACCAGCCAAACCUACGGGUCUCGGCCAGUGGAGCACGGCCCAGUUCGACAGCUCUGAACAGCAGCAGAAAUUCCUCCGGUUGAUGGGCGGCUUCAAAAAGGGCUUCCAGCCGGCUGCUGAGACCAGCGGAAAAGCAAAUAUGGCGCUGGGGAAGGACGCACAGAUGCAGUUGCAGCAAGGGCUCCUGGGAGAGUUUGAACGCGCUCAGUCGCGCAGAAUGGACUUCAGCAACAGAGGGUCGGGACUUGGGUUCUCUGCACCGUCCAAUAAAAAGUUCGCCAUUGACAUCAAUUCACGUCGAUCAGUUCGCUUUGAUGAUUGAUCUUAGUGUAUGUGUGUAGGGGUGUUGUUGAAGAGAUGUGUGCAUGGUUGUGCAGAAUUUGUGGGCGGUUUUUCGUAUGUUUUUAACUGUAGAUUUUGCAUACUGGACUGUUUGCUCAGGUUCUUGUGGAAAUCUACAUCUCACAGCAGACGACUAGUAUUUCUUGUAUAUAAAUGAGGAUUAGAGAAUGAACAUGCAAAACAAAAUUCUGUUUGUACAUACUGUACAUUAAACGUCCUCUUGCUUUUUUAAUUAAAAUACUUAAACUGCA